UCUCAUCCGCUGCCUUUUUCUUCCCUUCUUAUAGCUCCACCAACCCAACCCCCCCACUCAAACACCAUUCUCUCAUUUCCUCCAUCACUUCCUUCUUCUACUCAUCUCUCAUCUCUCAUCUCUCAUCUCUCAUAGAGUAGUAGAAGUCUUACAUAGUGAAACUGAGAGCUAACUCUAACUAAGCUAAUGAGAUGAAGUGUGUAUGAAGGAAAAGCUUUGUUAGAUUUCUUCCAGCUGUUUCUUCUUAUUCAUCAAUCAUCUGGGUUUAGUUCAAUUCGCUUUGUUUGAUGGGUCAUAAUUCUCUACAAGUUUGCAUGGAUUCAUCUGACUGGCUUCAGGGCUCGAUUCACGAGGACCAGUCUCCGAUGGACUCUUCGUCACCACUAUCCGGCGACAUCUUAACAUGCUCAAGGCCCUUGAUAGAGAGAAGGUUGAGGCCACCGCAUGACCAAUCCCUCAAGUGCCCUAGGUGCGACUCCACCCACACCAAGUUCUGCUACUACAAUAACUACAGCCUCUCUCAGCCUAGGUACUUCUGCAAGACCUGUAGAAGGUACUGGACCAAAGGAGGUACACUCAGAAACAUUCCUGUUGGUGGUGGUUGUAGAAAGAACAAGAAGGUUGCUUCCAAGAAACCCAAUGAAGAUCACAGUCCCUCCAUGAACCCUAACCAUCUUGGGUCGUCAUCUUCGUCUUCUCAACACAACCCUACUGAUCUCCAGCUCUCGUUCCCGGACCAGAUGCAGUUUUCGCAUCUGAAUAACUUGAUGCUUGGUGCUCAAGGGACAGGAAACCCUAAUUUCAUGGAUGGCAGGUAUGGUAACAUUAACGGUAUGCUUGAGAAUUCAAACCAGUUGAGGCCAAUUGACUUCAUGGAGAGUAAGUUGGAAGCUAUAGUGGGGAAUUCUAGGAACUAUGAUUUCAUGGGGAGUGGUGGUGAUAGUUUGGGUAUGGUAGGUGGCCUUAGUAAUAUGGGGGCUCAUGGACUGGAAUCUGGCUUCCAUGGUUUUUGUUCUAGUCCAUUUGGAUCAAUGUCUCUUGAUCAUCAUGGGAAUAACAAUGGGAAUAAUUUCAUGGACACUUGCCAGAGGUUAAUGUUGCCAUAUGAAGCAAAUGAGGAUCAUCACCAUCAUCAAAAUGAAAUUCAUGAUGUGAAGCCAAACACUAAGCUCUUGUCUCUUGAGUGGCAAGACCAAGGCUGCUCAGACGCCGGAAAAGAAUCAUCAUAUGGGUACCUCAAUGGUCUCGGAACAUGGACAGGCGUGAUGAACAACUACGGGCCAUCCACGACGAACUCAUUAGUCUAAUGAAAUUACUGAUUUGUGUGAUUAGUGACUUUAAUCAAUUAUGAUGAUUUGCAUUAAUCAGAGAGUAGUUUAGUUAUUCAACUACGUACUAGCAGUUUCUUCCAAGUCUAUGUAAUAUAUGUAUGCCUUUGUUGAAAAGGGUUUUAAUUUCUCUA